AUGCAUGAGAGCAAGUGGGAUGCUCUACUGGCUGGUCCUCCCUCGUCCGCAUCACCCACCCACAGGCAGAAUGGACAUCAGGUACUUGAAUUUACAGCUUCUCCAGCCACUGCAGUUCCACCUCAAACAACAACCACGGAGAGCUCUUUCCCCAGGAUCAGAAGCAAGUUUAUAAAUGAGCUUCAUAAAGUCCCAUUGCCCACAUGGGCUUUCGUGACCCUCGGCUUCCUCGUCGUCUUCCUCAUGCUCAGCUGUGGCCUGUGUGUGUGCAGGAAGUUGAUAUUUAAGAAGAAAAAAGAGAAGGGUGGGAAAGAGAAAAGUGAAAAGGACAGCAUCAACAUGUCAAAUGUGAGAGACGAAGGCACUAAACAGGCUGUCCAUCAUGGCACUGAUUCUGACCCUCAGGAAGAGGACGUAGAGCCUAAAAAGGCCACAAAACUUGGAAAACUGCUGUAUACCCUUGACUACAACUUCACUGACAAUGCGCUAAUUGUAGGUGUGAUGCAGGCAGAAGGUCUUGCUGCGAUGGACAUGAGUGGCACCUCGGACCCAUAUGUGAAAGUCUACCUCCUCCCGGACAAGAAGAAAAAGUUUGAGACGAAAGUUCAUCGUAAAACAUUAGAUCCAACUUUCAAUGAACAUUUCACUUUUAAGGUUCCGUACGCAGAGCUCGGUGGAAAGACGCUGGUCAUGACAGUAUAUGACUUUGACCGUUUCUCCAAACACGACGCUAUCGGGGAUGUGAGGGUGCAGAUGAAUAAGGUGGACUUCAGUCACCUGACGGAGGAGUGGUGCGAUCUGCAGAAAGCCGAAAAAGAGGAGCACGAGCGGUUAGGUGACAUCUGCUUGUCUCUCCGCUAUGUACCCACCACUGGAAAACUGACUAUAGUUGUUCUGGAGGCCAAAAACCUCAAGAAAAUGGACGUGGGUGGUCUGUCAGACCCCUAUGUAAAAAUCCACCUGAUGCAGAACGGUAAAAGACUGAAGAAGAAGAAAACUACGAUUAAGAAAAACACGCUGAACCCGUAUUACAAUGAAUCAUUUAGCUUUGAAGUUCCAUACGAGCAGAUUCAGAAAGUGCAGGUUGUUGUGGCAGUCUUGGACUACGAUAAAAUCGGCAAGAACGAUGCCAUCGGAAAGGUUUUCAUUGGACAGCACAGCUCAGGAAGUGAGCAACGCCAUUGGUCAGAUAUGUUGGCCAAUCCAAGAAGGCCAAUCGCCCAAUGGCACGCCCUCAAACCUGAAGAAGAUGUGGAUGCUGAACUGUCAAAGAAAUGA